UAAUUUCAGUUUUCAAUAUUUUUUUUCCACAAGUUUGCAUAUUUCUUCUAACAUAUAUUUUCGCGAGAUUCCUUUUCUCGUAGCUGUGUUCUGGAGGAUUAUAAAGUAUUGUGAAGGAAGAAUAUAUUGAUUGAUCUCAGCUUUAUUAAGCAUAUAAAAUUAGAUUCAAUGGAGGGUUUAAGCGAUAAUACACAGCAAGAAAUAUGUGAUAUCCUUAGUAAAAAUGUAAAUGUAAAUGUAUAUUUGCUAAUUAGACGAAAAAAGAUGACUUUAUAUCUCGAUGUGCCGGAAAAUACUCAAGUUAUUAAGCUCAAGAAAAUGAUUGAAGCUAUAUUUAAAGUACAGCCACAGGAUCAACGGCUAUUAAUCAUGUUUCUAAAUAAUGGUCAUCUUGAUGAAUAUAAGGAAUUAUCCGAUUCUACUGCACAGUUGUUUCAAUAUGGAUUGACUUCAUCAGCGGCAAUGGUAACGAAUCCUGCAAUAAUUGGAUUAGCUGUACGACAAGAAGAUGGUUCGUUUGAAAGUCUCGAAGUAACACCAUACUCUAACACGGAGUGGCCAAUGCCUCCAAAUGAUGAUGAUUUGGAAAAAUGUAUUGCCUAUAAUGAAAAGUAUGCGAAAAUGCUGGAAGAAUUUCUGGAAAAAGGUCCAAGUAAAAGAACAUUGAAAACGAAAUGAUAUGACAUUGUACUAAUCGACAAUGAAUUAUGUUUUAUGUUCAGUUGAAAUUCCACAUAAUGCAAAAUGAGAAAAGUGUAUUAUAAUGACCAUAGUGUACUAUACUGUAGUAUAAUAAAUGUACUAUAAAACACA